UGUCUAAUCUCUCUCUUUCCUUUCCCUGCCUUUUCUACAUUUAUCUAUUUAUAUUCCACCAUAUAACUAAUCGUCUCUUCUCGCUAAUACACCACCUUCAACCCCUGCCAUUCCUUGUUUGUUUCUUUUCCGGUUCCUCGCAGCGAACGUCCAAUCCGCCCUCUGCUCCCAGCCGAGCGCACGUCAUCGGAUCCAUCCCCUUGGGUUCCCCAGACUUUCCACACACACACACACACACACACAUAAAGAGAAAGAGAAGAGAACACCAGGAAACACGGAAUGGCUAUAUCUUGAGAACAUGGGCGAUCGCAGAGCCGUUGUGCUAGGCGUCUCGUUGGCUGUCUUCGUUGUCGCCAGCCUGUUCGUCGCCCUGCGCUUCGUCUCGCGUAUCUUUGUCGUCAGGCGGGUCGGGCUUCACGACUACUUGAUGUUGAUAGCUUGGGUCAUUGAUCUCGGGUUUUCUCUGUCGCUCUUCUAUGCUACCACAAAAGGACUGGGGUUACAUGACCGUGAUAUUAGCCCGGCGGAUAGACCAGGUUUGAACAGGUCCUAUUAUGCAUUUACCGUGCUCUACAACCCCGCGUUGAUGGCGGUCAAAACGUCCAUCCUCGUCUUCUACCUCACAUUGACCAGCGGCGAAAAGGUCUUUCGACGCGCCAACUACGCGACGCUGUUCAUCGUUAACGCCGCCGGAUUGGCAUUGACCUUUCUGAAUGUCUUCCAGUGUAACCCCGUCCGCGCAGCGUACGAAUAUCCAAGCCCCACGGGUGCCCGCUGUACCGACAUCGUCACCCUCUACCUCUCCUCCUCGCCCGUCAACAUUAGCACCGACCUCGCCAUCCUCUUCCUGCCCAUGCCCAUCUUGACCCAGAUGCGCCUGCCCAAGAAGCAAAAGUACAUCCUCGUCAUCACCUUCAGUUUCGGCUUCUUCGUCGCCGUCGUCGACGUCAUCCGUAUCGUCUAUCUACAGAAUGCUGCCAUCUCGCGCUCCCUCGCUAUCAAGUCGCUUCACCUGCAGACCUCUUCGGGAGAUGACUUAUCUUGGUACGCUUCGUUAUCCUUCAUGUGGUCCGUCGUCGAGGUCAAUGUGUCUGUGAUCUGCGCUUGCGUGCCUAGUCUCAAGCCUCUUGUCUCUCGCAUCCUACCCAAGCUCAUCCGUGACUCGAAUGACUCGUAUACUCCUGAGAACUAUCUCCCGCGCCAGCAAUUGGACCCAGUAGCCCCCGUCGUCAUCCCCGCGUUAGGCUCUGCAGUCGCCAGCGGGGCGGGACCUCUGGCCGACCAUAGCGCCAACAAAUCUGUCCCGGGCAGCGGCGGGAGCAGAGCUAGCGAGCCCACGGCCAGGACUUCCGAGGCCUCGCUCGAUCUACAGGAGUUCCUGAAUGCCCCGCCGCCGCCAGUGGCAGCCGCUCUUGCGGACACCGAGGCGGUGACCACCAACACGACGACGACCAACGACCCGGCGUAUCCGAACAUCACGUUUUUCGAUUUCGUCAACAUGCGCAAGCCGCAGAGCAUGCUCAAGCUGAACAACCGGGAAUCGAUUGUGCCCAACGCGCUGGGCACGAUCCUAUUCUUCCUGUGGGGAUUCGCGUAUGGCCUGCUGGACGUGCUCAACGUGCAGUUCCAGGCCAUCGAGCGGUUGGACGCCUGGCAAUCACUGGGCCUGCACGCGGCCUACUUUGGCGGGUAUCUGGUCGGCCCCGUGCUGGUCGGGCGGUACGUGCUGAAGAAAUGGGGGUUCAAGUCGACCUUCAUCACGGGGCUCUGCAUCUACGCGAUCGGCACCCUCGUCUUCUGGCCGUCGGCCGUGCUGACCUCCUUCUCGGCGUUUACCGUCUCCAACUUCCUCGUCGGGUUUGGCCUGGCCGUGCUCGAAACCGCCGCCAACCCUUUCAUCGCCCUGUGCGGGCCCCUCGAGAACUCCGAGAUCCGCCUCAACAUCUCCCAGGGGGUCCAGGCCAUCGGCAGCGUGCUCUCCCCUUUACUCGCCCAACAGGUCCUCUUCAAGGACGUCCGGGACGUCACCUCCCUCGUCGGCGUGCAGUGGACAUACCUGGGUAUCGCCCUGUUCGAUGUCCUCCUCGCCCUCGCCUUUUAUUACCUGCCCGUCCCCGAGGCCUCGGACGAAGACCUCGAGGAACUUGCUAACCGACGCCAAGCCGACAACCGUGCCACCGUCGCAGGCUUCCCCGUCGUCUGGGUCACGCUCGCCCUGGGAAUCUUCUCCCAGUUCGUCUACGUCGGUGGGCAAGAAGUUCUCAGCACGAGCUUUGAGCGAUUCCUCGGCGAAAACACCAUAAUAUCAUCCACCUCCCACUUCGACUUUUUAACCAUCGGCCGCUCCGUCUUCGCCGCAGGCCGCUUCCUCGCCGCUCUGUCCCAAUACUUCCUAAAACCCCGCUGGAUCCUUCUCGCCUCGUACAUUGGGAUGAUCGUCUUCUCCGGCCUAGCAACCUGCACGACAGGCUCCACCGCCACCGCAAUGGGGAUCUGCGUGUUUCUCUUCGAAUCAGGCGUGUUCAGUAUGAUCUUCGCCAUUUCCUUGCGCGGAACAGGCAAACACACCAAAACGGCCGCCGUCCUACUCACUGUCGCGAUUGGGGGCGGUGCAUUCUUCCCGUUUGCGGAAUACGCCGCCUCCUUUUCGUGGCAUGGAACCCAACACUCCUACCUCCUUCUCGUCGCGUUGUAUGCUGCCGGCGCCGUGUUUCCUGUCUAUCUCAAUCUCGUCCCCGCGGCAAGGAAACAAGUCGACCCCAUCCCGAACGAGUAUCUUCGCAGUCGACGACGGCGGAGAAGUCGUGUUGUCUCCCCUUCCACUUCGGGGGGAGAGAACAACAACAACAACAACAACAACAACAAUAUCCCUGUCCCCUCUUCUCCUACCCCUAUCAAUAAUACGGUUCAUCGCGAGAAGGAGAUCCCAGUCCAUGCGGGUGUCUUGGCUUCCCCGCGCACUCUUGUUCCUGAUCCGUUGCAGGAUAUCCGUUUGUGCGAUGACUGACUAUAUAUAUAGAUAGAUAUAUACUUCUUGUGUAUUUAUCAUUUUUAGAUACCCUAGCAUAGCGUUGGUGUUGGAAAUUUACACUUAAUAAUAUAAGGUUGAGGUCUACAAUACACUUAGUGUUGCGGUCUACGUUACACUGAAUCACAUGCG